GCAACCAGUUGGAAAAGAGAAAAAAAUAGACAAUAGAAAAAAUUGUAAUUUCGACCCUCCCGAUUCAAACCGCCUUUUUCUCUCUUUGUUAGCUCUAUAUUUUCCUCUCUGUAUUUACACUUCUUUCCAAUUCAAUCGGAAUUAUCUUUGGUUUAAAUCCCUGGCAUAACAUCGAUACGACAAAAUAGAAUGUUUGGUCUGCUUUCCACACGCCGCUUUACAUUUGCGAGUUUGACGCACAGCACGAUUGGCCGUGCCUUUGAGAGCACAGUGGCAGCAGCCUCAGAGCCAGCAGCCAGCACAGGUACACGAUCGAUCAAAAUGAAUGUCAAGGCCAUUUGAUGAGAAGAAAAGCUUGUGCACACAUUUGUUUGCAAUUCAAAACCAAUUUCACACACAUAUUUAUAAUGAUUUUGCCCCACCCUUGUAGCGGCGCCCCAGAUGGUCAAGUACCCGUAUUUUGUCCGCCGCACGCGCUUCCAGUCGCUGCCCGUGUACAGCAAAGUGAAGAACGGGGGGACCCGCAAGCUGACGAUGAUCCGGCGCAUUGACGGUGACAUCGAGGCUCUGCGCACCGACAUCAACCAGAUGCUCGGCAACAUUUCAGUCAGCGUCAAGAAGGUUUCACAGCAGAUCGUCAUCGCGGGCGACUGCUCGCGAGACGUCCGGGAAUGGCUCACCAAAAAGGGAUUUUAGAUAGAAGGUUAUCUAUACACUUUUUUGCGCAGCGUCGUCGACAAAUAAUAAAUAA